AAUCAUCUGUUCAAUAUAACUUUAAUUUAACAUGUGAUUGUGUUAUACUAUUAUGCAAGUUGUGUGGAUUAUUCUCAUAUAUAAUUAAAAAUAUACUUUAAUCUGUGGUGAUUAUUACCGAAUGAUGAUUGUAAAUCGUUAUCAAUCGUUAUAUUUUCUCAACGCAAGUACUCUGUCGUGCCUUUUAGUAUCUUUUACGCUAUAAUCAAUGCAUUUAAUAAUCGAAAGAAAUGCGACAAAAAAUAAUAUUACAUAAAUUCGCUCUGCACAGUUUUUCAAUUAUUUUUCGCCCUAACCUAUCAAAAGUUUUCAAGUGUAUUAAUUCACAUCGCGAUAUGGCAACGGACGCAAAAUUUUUGUCAGAAUCUAAAUCGGAUUUAAAAGAUAUCUUUCGCUCUGCUGUGAAAGCUGUGUCGCCGAACGAGAUUGUAAGGAAGAGAGUGAAAUUUCGUGAUAACACUUUGUACAUUGACGGACAGAGUUUUAUGCUUCAAGAGAAUGUUUAUCUAGUUGGAUUUGGUAAAGCAGUUAUGGGAAUGGCUGUAGAACUCGAAAAAAUACUCGGUGAUACUUUGAAAAAAGGUAUUGUCAGCGUUCCAAGUAUUUCAAAGGAUGUUAUAUGGAUGUCUGAAGAUAAAUCUGGCUUUCCCAAGUUGUACAAUAGUGUGAUAGAUUAUCGCGAAGGUGGCAUCAAUAAUCAACCUGACAGUAGAUCAUUGGAUACCACGCACGAUAUUAUAGAUCUGGCUGAAAAAUUGACAGGAACAGAUACUUUAAUAGUACUGGUGUCAGGUGGAGGUUCUGCAUUGUUAUAUAUGCCAAGGCCUGUUCUCGAUCAAGAAGACAAGUUGGAACUUUGUAAAAAACUUCAAAAUGCAGGUGCUGAUAUCACUGAGCUUAACACUGUAAGAAAAAAGUUGUCUCUUGUAAAAGGCGGUGGUUUGGCACGAAUGGCUUAUCCUGCAUCUGUCAUUACGUUGAUAUUAUCUGAUAUUGUCGGUGAUCCUGUAAAUUUAAUUGCUAGUGGCCCCACUGUUUAUAGCACAAAAGCACCUCAGGAUGUUAUAGAUAUAUUAAAAAAGUAUAACUUAUUUCAGUCAUUAGAAGGUGAUUUAAAAACAGUUAUAACAUCCAAGGAAACAUUUAAUGACAGUCCAUUGUUGAAUCCAGCUAAACAAUUUAAACACGUGACAAAUAUAAUUUUAGGAAACAAUACAAUGGCUCUUGAAGCUGCAAGCUUCGAAGCAUUACAUAAAAAAUUGACUCCAAUAAUAUUAAAAAAUGACGUUACGGGAAAUGUGAAGGACAUUAGUUUAGCAUAUGUUGAUAUAACAAAUCUAGUAUGCCUUGUUUUGUCAAAUGAGUUGAAAAGAGAAGAAUUUUAUGAUAGAAUGAAAGCAGUAUUGCCAUUAUCCAUUGAUAAAAUAGAUGAAAUUUUUGAUUGUAUCAAUUCUUCAUCACAUGGCAAUCUCGGUGGUAUAGUUUUAAUUGGAGGAGGAGAGCCUACGGUUGUAGUAACAGGUCAGGGAAGAGGUGGUAGAAAUCAGGAAUUAGCUUUACGUUUUUCACUAGAUUGGUUGGCAAAAAUUAAAAGUUAUCCGCGACUUGCUGAAUAUGACGUGAUAAUGCUCAGUGGAGGCACUGAUGGUCAAGAUGGUCCUACUGAUGCAGCAGGCGCAUUUGGUUAUCCUGCCAUUGCACCUGUGAUGCAGGAUCUUUAUACAAAAGUUAAGUCUAUGGUUACUAAGGAAAUUGCUCAAACUUCAUCUGAGCAAGAUAAAAUUUUAACACAUUCAUACAAACAACAGCAAACGAGUAAAUUUACAAUAGAGUCUGAUAGUAAACUACAGGGAGAACAUUCUAGUAACACAACAAAAGAGUCUGUUCCUACUGGAGAAGAUAGUAAUGAACACAUCGAUCGUACGAUAUUAACAACAAUGGAAGUAGAACGCAUGUUACCUGAAAAUACUUUAAAAGAAAACGAUACAUACAAUUUUUAUUCGCGUUUCAAGAAGGGUGCAGACUUACUUAAGACAGGAUACACUGGUACAAAUGUUAUGGAUUUACAUUUUAUUUAUAUUAAAAGGAAACCGUGCAGAUGUGAAAUUGAUAUCUCUGAUAAGCCAACAUGUGAGGAAAAUAUUUUGGACGUACAUGAUUUACAUAUUGACGCAUCAACUAUUGAGAAGUAUAAAGCUAUACAUGCUUCCUUACAAUUUGAUAAAGAUAAAUUUUUACAAACUCCAUUCUUAACUAUGAUAUCCACUCUUAAGGACGCUAAAGAGCAAAAACCACAUCUUAAUAUAAAAAUCAUUGAUGAAAAUUUUACAGAUCCUUGUUGUAAUGAAAGGCGUAAACACGAUUAAGAAAAAAGUAUAUGUUAAGAAUACGUAUAUGAAAUAUUUUAUAUUAUUACAUAUAACUAUAUUGCAUAAUAUAUACGUUUUGUGGUCAACAAUAUUUGCUCUGGAAUGAAAUAGAUACUUUACAUUGAUGGAAAUACUAAAAAUUUUUGAAAUAUAUAUAGAACAUUCCAAUGAUAUUUGUAUAUUAAAGGCACUGCUUAAAAAUAAAUCUCUUAAAUUAUAACAUUUUUGUGUGCUACAUAAUAUAUUCAUCAGAAUUCAGGAAGUCGCAAUAAUAUUCUCUAUACAGAUAUAGAGUACAUAUAUACAGUGACAUUAUAUAAUAUAUAUUUAUAUGUAU